UUAAUGGCAAUGAAUCGUUCGGCAGAUCCGUGUGAAAAUUUUUUUGAAUAUGCUUGCGGCCAGUGGAAUCGUGACCACCCAAUCCCGGAUGAUAUGUUCGCAUAUGGUACAUUCGCAUUUGUUCGAGAAAUCGUUCGCCAGCAGAUGAGGGGUGAGUGGAUGUUUGGAACUAUAAGGAUUUCGCGUAAUCACUAG